AUGGAUCGUCUGCCUGGCAAAGAAACAUCCCCUGCACAGCGAGAGGCAAUUAUUGCACUGCAUUUGGUGCAAAUUCCUGUCAGGGAAAUAUCAAGAAGACUCAACAUACCGAAGAGAACCAUACAUAGAUGGAUCAAAUUGUUCACAGAGCGACAAAGUUUAGAAAAUAGGCCCCUAGAAGUGGAAACUCCUCGAAUCACCACAAGAGUGCAGGACAAAAUGAUUGUUGAUGCUGUCAAAGGACAACCCCUGAUUACAGCAGUGGCUGUAAAACAGCAGCUUGGACUGCAAAUAUGUGUGCAGACUGUGCGGAAUAGGUUGCAUGGGGCAGGCCUGCAUCACAGGAUUCCGGCAAGGAAACCAUUGCUAACGCAACAGCAUAAAGAAGCAAGGAUGGGAUUUGCCCUGCAAUAUCUUCCAGAAGAUGCUUCUUUCUGGGAUUUAGUUAUUUUCUGUAUAGCUGAAGAAAACAUCGAGCCUUCAAGGCGUAGCGGCAGAAUAUCAGCUGGGUUAUGGGGAUGGAUGGCUGCCAGUGGCCGGGAGAGCUAA